UAUAAUAUCCUUCAAUAUUAUGGAAUGGCCAGAAAUCAGUUGUAGGAGGAACAAGAACUCAACAGAGAUAAGAAAAAUAUUAGUAGUAGAUAGAGACAAAUCAUAGCUCAGUGUAUGCAAAAAAUUCAGAUGUGGCCCACAGUGGUCUUUCCAGGCCACCCUUGUCUUUUUCCAAUCAUUCAUUAUCUGAACUCUUUCUAGGUGACAGAUGGCAGGUGGUAUUUGUCACAAAAGGCCUAGUAAAGCAGAUCACAACUACAGAGAGGGAAAGACUGUCUCAUUGGUUCUCCGUGGAUGUAUAAAUGGAGGAUGUGCGUCAGCUAAACAAAAUGGCUUGUGGCUAUACAAAACCAUCACUGUGCUUGACCAAAGGCAAUGUGGCUAUCAGAUCAAAACAUUUCCCUGUUUUUGAAAUGAGGACAGGGCAUCGCCUGUCAAUCUGUCAUGGAAACAUCAGUACCCUGGGGAUGACCACAAUCUUUUCAUCUAUCCUCUUCCACAGAUCAAAUCUAUUUAUAUGGUUUAAAACCAAGAGCACCUCACUGGGCCUAGCAAAAUAUAGACUAAAAAGAAAGAUGAGCUACUGCCAUUCUUAAAGGAAUAACUAAUACUCUCCUGGUUAAUUCACACAUUUGCCGGUUCGAUACCCAUCAGCCAAAACUGUAAUUCUUGAAAUAAUGUCUUGAUGGAAAUGGUCCUGCCCUUUUCAGCAUUAAAAGUCAUAUAGAAAAUAUGCGUUUUAUAAUAACAACAGAUUUAGAAUUGAGAGAUUUUGAAGGGAAAAAAAGACUUAAAAUUAGAACAUACAUGCACUUCUUCAGGCAGAUCAUUUACAAAGGUUAAAGAAAAAAGAAAAAAAUGCACGUUAAUCUCAAAUGGACCUCUGCAUACGCUUAAACAAGCAUGAUAUUGACCAGAACAUAUAUUGAUUUGCCUCUCACUAAACCAAGAUACACCUUGUCUCAAGUUGUUGUUUUCCUUGAGGUUUUAAGUAAAUAAAAAGCAGUGGUCAGUGGCCCAAAGAAAUAUAUAUGCUUGGGUUCUAUCCAACAAAAUUAUCCCAGUGUUUUUAGACCUGCUUGAUAAUUAUGGUCCGUAGCUUUGUUUUGUUUUGGUCUUUGGGUAUAAUUAUUAUGAACAGUGGCCGGAGGGAUAGGUUAUUUCAUCCAAGGAUUUGAUUGAGGUCUGCUUAUAAAAGGCGAUAGGUGGUUCCAGAAACAUUGCAGAAAACCAGCCCUCCAGCAACUGAACCAGAUUCGUUUUACAUUGCUCCACCACCGAAAUGAAGCCUAUUGUCCUCUCCGUACUGCUUUUGGCUUGUGGAUUGGCUCUGGUGACCUGCUCACCUGCUCAGUUCAAUGAGCUGAUCCAGCUCAGUACCAUCACCUACGGCCUGGCUAACUUCACCAACUAUGGGUGCCACUGCGGAGCUGGGACUCAAGGCCUUCCUGUAGACGCCAUCGACAGAUGUUGCCACAGCCAUGACUGUUGUUACAACAAGGUGGAGAUGUACGGCUGCAACCCCAAAGUCCUUACCUACAGGUUCUAUGCCCAGGGAGAUAAAAUCAAGUGCGUCAAGUCAAGGGAUCGCUGUGAGAAAAUGGUGUGUGAGUGUGACCAGAAAGCUGCCAGUUGCUUCCAGAAACAUCUUUUCAGCUACAGCCCUCAAUUCAGAAACCUUCCAGUGGCCAGCUGCAGGGCCCAGCGGCCGUUUUGUUGAAGCUCCUUUCGAAGCAGCCGCUGUCCCCAUCGAAGUUCUGUCUGCUUUUUUCAGUCAU